AUGUUGUUAUGGAUGCACAACAUCGGCGGUAGUAACAGUGAAAAGGGAGCGCCAUGCAGCCCAGCCCACCCAUCCCAUCAAUACACACAGACAGACAGACAGACACGCACACAUAUGGAUGGAAGUUGGGGUCAUCCGUCCCUGAGGAAAGGAUCAACGGACCGCACACAGCCCGUUGGAUGUAUGUCCUCCCCUCUCCCAACCACGGCGACCGUUCCUCCGAAGGAACCCAUCGGCUCUAUCGGCCUGUCACCGCCAAACGGCGGCACAGGCAACUCGCUCAUCUUGUGCGUGCGGCGCGGAGGAACUGUGCGUCGCGGUUGCUAG